UUUGUAAUACUAAGGCUACUACAAAGUUUCUUUUGGCCCAUUAUUAGACGAUGAAAGCUGUACUUCAUAGUUUUUACCGAUUGAAUUUAACGGAUUGUCCCUAAAAGGGUAAAGGUCAAGUAGGCGGAUCCAUGAAAGUUGGAAAGGCAGAAGAAACGUACCAACUUUGAAGCUAUCACUGAGAGAGUGCCUCUGUCAGCAUGGACAAGCUAAAGAAUGCCUUCAAGUUCCAGAUGUUCCAAAAUGAUGACACCAGCAGUGUCAUAACGUCGUCAGACUCCAGCUCAUCAGCUCACUCGGAGCCAAAAACCUUCCGCGAGAAACUCUUGCACGUGCUCCACUCCACGGAGUUCCAGGUUGCCGUGGUGAUCCUCGUGAUCGUGGAUUGUAUUCUAGUCGUGUUUGAGUUGCUUAUCGACCUCGGUGGGAUAAAGCUAUGUGAGGAGGCAGUGAAAGCGGAAUGUCAGAAUAUGGGAACAACUGCUACCAUGAGUCCUGCAGAAGAAAUAGAGAAGGAAGCAGAGUGUGACCACCCGGCUCCAGAGAUCCUCCAUUACAUGAGUAUCGCCAUCCUCUGCAUCUUCCUUAUAGAGAUCAUGUUUAAGGUCUAUGCUUACCAAAAGGACUACAUCAAACACAAGAUGGAGCUGUUUGAUGCCCUGGUUGUCAUCGUGUCCUUUUGCUUUGACGUUGCGUACGCUAACCACGAAGAUGCCUUUGACGGAAUUGGCCUUCUGGUUGUUCUACGUCUUUGGCGAGUUACCAGAAUUAUCAACGGCAUCCUGAUGUCAGUGCAGCACACAGCUGAGAAGAAGAUCAACGCCCAGAAGCAGGCUCGACAGGAAGUACAGGAGGAGCUGAACAAGAUGAUCAAACAUGCACAUGAUCUGGAGAAGGAAAUUGAUCUGUUGAGAGAAACUCUGCGUGACAAUGGCAUCAGUGUGGACUCCAUCCCUCGUACUCCCGAGGUCAGCAGCUCACAGGUCAAGGUGGAGGCUGAGAUCACGCCGACCACGAUCUACGCUACUCCCGCGACUUUCAGCGCCUUCUCUGGGCAGGAAGACACUCAGGCCUGAGGUUACUCAAGGUCAAAGUUUGAGAAUUUGUGGCUAAUUUUUCUGUCUGCAGAACAAUCUGUCAGAACAAAGGUGCCUUUUCUUGAGCUUUCUUGAGCUGAAGGUUUCAUGCAUUUUGUGGAAGGUAAGUGCCUUUCUAGGUAUACUUGAAUAUGUCUCUAUUUCUGUGACUAUGUUUGAAAACUUCAUGUCAGGGAAGCCAUGUGCCUUCAACCUUCUUGCCUCACAUACAUGAGAAAUACUCAUCAGCAUUAUGUAACUAAGCACUGCCAGUCACAUGCAGGGAAGCUAAAAAUUUCUUAUGUUUUAAACAAGUCUUGGUCUCAACACUUGCAUCACACACUUAGAUAGACUGGUUAUGGUGGAUUAUGUACUAUUUUAGAAUUGGAUAAAUGUUGUGUUAAAAUGUUUGAUCAAAGUUAUGAAUUUUUCAAAAUCCCUGCUGUGCUGUCUUUUCUACUACUACUACCUAAUGAUAUCUGUACUUAACAAAAAAGUAUCUGAUAGCUAGGAGUGAUCAAUGAAGUGUCUGUACUGAAGAAAGGGCUGCCUUAAAUAGCAUGCUGCACAGAUACCUUACGAAUACUUUUAAGCUAGGUUAGAGCUGUUAUCGACAGGGCAUUGUGAAAUGGUUUUUGUUUCAUUGUUUACACUAUGUACUUGCCAUGAAUAGUACAAACUCUAAGGUAGGGAAAGGACGGUUACAGUUUGUGCCAAAAGUACCAUCUUUCUUCCCAAUAUGCUGUAUUCUAUACAAAUGUUGAUAAGUAAAUGCUCUGAACAAUGCUGAUGAAUUGAAUUACGCUUUUUCCAUGUAAAUGUUACAAUCUGUAAUGAAUUGUUUUUGCAAUAGCCUUGGCUAUUAAUAGUAUUAUCUUUGGUAUCAAGAUUUGUACUCCCUCUGUCUCUAUACUAUAUAUAUAGGUGUCACCAUGUACAUGCCUUAUACCAUUAUACAGGGAAUGUGGAAUACCAAAGGGAAUCGAGGAGAGAAUACCUUUUGGUACUAAUGUGUAUGUGUAAAGAACAACCUUAAAUCAGUCAAGUUUCAGGCUACAUAGUUGUGUAGACAAUUGGUUGUGAAAACUUUUGACAUUAAAAAGUAAGCCUCCUUUUUUCAAACAUGAGUCAUUUAUAGAACAAAGUACAUUGUAAUUAGAUAGUCUCUUUCUAAGAAAUUUAGCCAAUGAAAUUUUGUAUUGGACUUACAGUUGUAGCUAUACUCUAGAAUAUGAUGAUAAAAGUUAUAUAGAUUAUAUCUGUUUUUCAAGUUUAGACAGUGAUGAUAAAUUGUUACAUUGAUUAACAGCUUGAGCCAUUAGGAGCAAUUACAAAUAACGGCCAAAUUAUUGGAUUUUUGUACUCAGAAAGUUAUGAAGGAAAACAAAAUAUGACAAAAAGUAUUAGAGUAGCAACUUAAGUAUGAAUCCAUUUUCUUGUUUUACCAAAAUAUGCAACAGUUACUUAAGAUUGUAUAAAGUGAUUUGUUCGUUUAGAAAUGAUUUUUGAGACAUAUCAAUUGAUUAGGUUAUGUUUGAUUUUAAAGAAUUUAUGUGUAAAUGACUGUUCAUUAGGGAAAAGGCCAAAUGAACAAAUAAAAGGUAAUCAGGAUUACAUUGGUAUAAUAUGUAAGCUAUUAAUAGAAUAUGUUUAUGUUCUUACACUAGUAAGAUACAGAUAGACUUUUAUACAUGGAUCUAUUCUGGUUGUAAACUAGGUGGAAAUGUUAAGACUUACAUGCUUACUUAAAGUAAAAUGUUACAAAUAAACUGGUAUUUCUUCUAGAGAUGAUCUACUUGAAAUAAAGAGUACCACAAUGU